CUUUGGCGUUUCAUAUCAUUAUGAGUUUCAACAUUACGGCUUAAAUGCCCCUUUAAGUCAUCUUUAAGACCCACCAAACUAACAACAAUGUUCCCCCUCUUUCUAUUAGCAUAUGUAGUAGCCGUAAAAGUUUUUAAGAAAACUGCUCCAAAUGGGAAGUUAACUGUAUACUUGGGAAAAAGAGAUUUCGGAGACUAUGGCGACUUUGUCGAACCGGUUGAAGGAGUGGUAUUGGUCGACAACGAUUACCUGAAAGAUCGGAAAGUAUUUGGUCAAGUGGUCACAACAUUUAGAUACGGACGAGAGGAAGAUGAAGUGAUGGGUCUGCAAUUCAGCCGCCAACUUUACCUGGCUCUUGACCAGAUCCACCCAGCUGCACAGGAAAAUGAAAAAUCAGCUUUGCAGGACAAAUUGGUAAGGAAACUGGGAGACAAGGCCAUUCCAUUUACUUUUGAUUUGCCAGAGAAUGCACCACCGUCUGUAACCAUUCAACCAGGAUCUGAUGACCAAGGGGCACCUUUAGGUAUAGAUUAUGAGCUUAAAUUGUUUGUGGCUGAUAAUAAGGAAGAGAAGCCUCACAGAAGGAAUUCCGUGUCGAUGGCAAUAAGGAAAUUGCAAUAUUAUACUCCAGGUCCUUUGGCAAGACAGCCCAGUACAUCAGUUAGCAAAGGGUUUGUGUUGAGUCCAGGAAAACUUCAACUUGAGAUUACAUUGGACAAAGAAUAUUAUUUCCAAGGGGACAAAAUUGCAGUGCACAUGAUAGUCACAAAUCAUUCCAAGAAAACAAUAAGGAAUAUCAAAGUAAAUGUGAUUCAAAAUACCGAAGUAACUGUUGUGAAUGGACAUUAUCAUAAGGCAGUAGCAAGUAUUGAUUCAAAAGAAGGAUGCCCCAUAAUACCUGGAGCUACUCUAUCUAAAAUAUUUUAUCUCUUACCAUCUGCAGAGAAUAAUAAAAGCAAACGUGGAAUUGCCUUGGAUGGAAUGUUGAAAGAAGGGGAUACAAACCUCGCUUCCUCGACCCUCAAUAACAACGAUUCUCUUGGUAUUGUGAUUUCUUAUAUGGUUAGAGUACGACUUUACAUGGGUGCCAUAGGUGGUGAAUUAGUCGGAGACGUUCCUUUCAAGCUUACGAGUCCAACUCCAGAAAAGGAGAGAGAGGUUCGUAAUCUCCAGAAAAAAGUUCGUAAACAACUGUCUAGGGAGAUGAGUGCUGAUCUAGUAGUUGAAGAUUUUGCCAGAAGACGACAAUUUAGCGAAGACCAUGAAUAAAUGCUGAAUCUUUAAAAAAACAUCUGAACCAUAAAAUUAAAAAUUUCUUAAAAGCAAUAAUAAAGCAACUUUCAAUAGUU